GCAUGUCACGUGAUUUUUGCCUGGGCCUAAAGCGUAGGACGUGAGAGGUCAAAAAAAAUGUUGCAGCAGCGGUGUUGUGCUUUAUGUUUCUCUCGUGCUGCUACAUUUAAUUUUCUUGUCUUUCUUGGCUCGCAGAGCCUUCUGACGUGUGCAGUGCUCGACGAGCAGGCUGCAGGAUAUUUAGUCAUGGCCCUGAUUCCUGGUUCUCCAAACCCUGGCCGCCUGCAUCUAGAAGACAUUCUCAGAGAGAUCCAGGUCAACUUGCUUGAGUGUAAAGUCUGCUUCGAGAAGUUCAGCACUCGGCGGAAAGAGCGCAAGCCACAGAACCUUCCGUGUGGUCAUGUACUCUGCCUGGAAUGCAUCACGGCUCUGUCCCACCCUCUCCUGAGGAAGCUGGAGUGCCCAUUCUGUCGGCAGUUCUGUAGUGUUGACAGCACCUCCCACUGCCAGGUUCUUAGUGACCUCCAGGAGCUGCUGUUGUCUCGGAGUCUCAUGUCCUCUGCUGAUGGUGAUGUUCCUCACGGGUCACAAGGAGGUGGCCUGUGUUUGGCCUCUGCAGGUCCUCAGUCCUCUGUUCUGCACCUCUGCACAGUUUUCGGUGGCUGGGGGACACUCAUCAACCCAAGCGGGAUGGCUGUGUUGGGUCACGGGGUGAUAGUGGUGGUGCAUGAUGGAGAGAGGAGGGUGGUGCUCUUUAGUCCGCAGGGGAGGAAGCUACACAGUUUUGGGAAAAGAGGUAAAGCCCCUGGGGAUAUCUGCUACCCUUUAGAUGUGGCAGUGACCCCCUGUGGUCAUGUGGUGGUGACUGACGCAGGGGAUAAAGCUGUGAAGGUUUUCACUUCCAGAGGGAACCACAUGCUGAUGGUUAAGGAUUCCUUCCAGCUGCCAUGGGGUGUGGACACAGACAGCCACGGGCACAUCCUGGUGUCAGACGUUCAAGCGGGCUCACUGUCCCAGGUCACAGUGGACUAUACUCAUGGUGUAACUCUGGGCCUCCAAACGCCUGUUUCUGAUCUCCAGCAUCCCAAAGCAGUGAGGUGUUGUCGUCCGACUGGGAACACAGCUGUGAUUGAGCAUCUUGUUGAUGACGUUCACCCACCGAGGAGCCAACACACAAGGCUGAAAGUGUUUACGAAAGACUUCCACCUUCUGUAUCAGACAGACACUUUCAGCCUGACGCUGGAGUCAACAGUCUGGAUCAACAUGUCGGGCGUGGCUUUUGAUGAACAUGGGGACGUGGUCGUGAUUGACUCUAAUCAGGGGGUGAUUUGGAGUUUGCGGAUGCUGCAGAAUAGGCCGACUAUGACUCCUCUUGUGGGAGACCACCUUGUCCGCCCAGUUGGACUGGUCUUACUGAAAAACACUCUGGUCAUACUGGACACUGGAGACAAUGCAGUAAAAAUAUUUUCUGCUGAUUCAGACGCUGGAACCAAGAGGUAAUAGAUGAGAGAGAUUUCUUUUUCCAGGAAACACUGAGUCUGUAGAUGUACAAUGUACCACUAUUUAUGUUGAACAUUAGUUACUAUUAGCAUAUGCACUCAGAUGUUAGCAUUAGCAUAUGU